GGCUCUCGAUGCAUUUCUGUGGAAUUGUUUUUCUGGUUGGAGGAACGUGGGGUUCCUAAGGGGAAGGGGGUCGUCCGGGGCCAGUAGGAGGGCAUCCGUGAUCGGGGUCGUGGUGGGUCGCGGGGAGGCCAUCGGAGACUGAAGCAGUUACACAGGCUGCAGGGAAGGGAGCACCGACCAAGUCACUUGGGGCUCCAAGAGCCCGAUCUGGGGGUCUUCAAGGUCGAGGAGAAAAGAUCCUCUUGGGGAGGGAGGGAACCAAUGAGUACAUAUGUGGGAAAUGAAUUGAGUGCCCCGGGAGGUUUAACUAACCAAGGUGGGUAAGGGAUGCGGAGGCGGGAGCUGGAAGACCCCUCUGCAACUACUUGGGCUCCUAAGAGUCUUUGAUGUGGGGUUUGGGCAUCCGAGUAGCAGAAGCGGAGUGAUUUUUGUGGAGAGGGAAUUGCAUUUAAAGAAGGAUGCUAAAAAAACAGUGUAAAUACAUCUUGGUUUGGUUCCGAACUUUGAAAGGCUUGAGGGAUUGGAGUCACAAGGAAAUUUUGACAUUUUCUUGUGGCAUUCCAACUAAAGGGUGUCUGGCUGCUGGACUUUGUCAGUUAUCUUUUAUUGAAGAAUAUAUGUGUAUGUUUGAUGGUAUUCUAUCAGUCACAAGUUUUUCUGGAAAUUAUCAUAACUACACCUUGAAAUUCUUGUAGCAACCUCUCUAUCCAUAGUGGUGGCUUACUUCUUCCCUAUUUAACAUUUAGAAUGGAUUGUGCUAUUAUGUACUACUGACUUUUAUUCUAGAAGACUAAUAAGUAAUUCACUUUCUUUUCCUUACUUUCGUUUCUCUACAAGAUCAUGCAAAAUUGAACUACGGAUUCUAUAUAAGUUUUAAAAUAUUUUAACUUGUGUUGACUGGGAAGGAGGUGGUAAGCUAGCAGCUCUAUUAAGCAAUACUAAAAUCAGGUUGAGUUCCUUAACAAUUGGUAAUCUUAAUGUCAGUUGUUUAGUUUAAUUUUAAUAAUUUUUCAUUUAUAUAGCACUCUUGAGAACAUAGAAAAUGCACACCGGGUUUAGGCAGUGGUGGUCUCCAGAGUGCACCUCCAUGGCAGUCCGUGGCGGUUCUUCAUUUCACUGAGAUCUUUAAUCUUAUGAAUAUUUUUUUAAUUUUAUAUAUGUUAGUAAUUUUUUACAUUUGUACAGUACUUUACGGUUUACAAAAUGAAAGCUGAUUAGUACUUAAACAUAUUUUGGAAAAAUUUGUAUAUCAUAUUUUGGCCCUUUUAUCCAUCAGAGAAAACAUUUCUGCAAAAAGGUGUUAAUAUUUUCAGUUGGCACCUUCUUAGUUCUUGAAUAACUAAUGGAUAAUUAUAUAUAUUUUCUCUUUAUUGUCCUUGAAUUUUACUAUUCGUCCUCAGGGAGAAUGUACUGGCUUACAAAACAGUAGCCUAAAAUAUUGAAACCGAACACCUUUUAACAUUAUAAUAGCUUCUACAUUAUUCACCUUGAGAAUCAUCUAUGGCAAACCAGUGGUUAGGGAAGCUUUCCCCUAUCACCUUUGUUUAGAUUGGGCUGUUUUCUCCUUUUAUAGAACUAAGGAAAAGUAAGACUCAUUGGCUGUGAAGUAGUAGUAAUAGCUAAACAGAAUGAGAAUGGGAGGCUUGGAAAAAAAGAUGUAUGUGUAUGAGUCACGUUUCUUCUAGAGCUGGAAGGGUAGACCAUGGAGAUGAUAUUUUGCAGAUUAGGAAACCAAGGCCCAGAGCAGUUGAAGGGAUUAAAUUGCUAUUUAAUGGUGGGGCCAGGAUUGGUGGGCAGGUCUGUGGACUCCAGUCCAGAGAUUGCUUUAUCACUUUCACACUGUUUAUUUCUAAAGCAUUCUCGUGCCAACUGUUAAUGGUUUUUGGAUUAUUUGUGAUUUGUUCCCUUCUAAGGAUGAAGAAGUUUGAGUUGACUACUUUUAUCCAUGAAAUUUUGUAAAACUGGAUUUUAUAAUCAAUGGAUAAAGUGGGAAAAAUGUGGAAUAACUUCAAAUACAGGUGUCAGAAUCUCUUCGGUCGUGAGGGAGGAAGCCGUAGUGAAAAUGUGGACAUGAACUCCAACAGAUGUUUGUCUGUCAAAGAGAAAAACAUCAGCAUAGGAGACUCAACUCCUCAGCAACAAAGCAGUCCCUUAAGAGAAAAUAUUGCCUUACAACUGGGAUUAAGCCCUUCAAAGAAUUCUUCAAGGAGAAAUCAAAAUUGUGCCACAGAAAUCCCUCAAAUUGUUGAAAUAAGCAUCGAAAAGGAUAAUGAUUCUUGUGUUACCCCAGGAACAAGACUUGCACGAAGAGAUUCCUACUCUCGACAUGCUCCAUGGGGUGGGAAGAAAAAACAUUCCUGUUCUACAAAGACCCAGAGUUCAUUGGAUGCUGAUAAAAAGUUUGGUAGAACUCGAAGUGGACUUCAAAGGAGAGAGAGGCGCUACGGCGUAAGUUCUGUACACGACAUGGACAGUGUUUCCAGCAGAACUGUAGGAAGUCGCUCUCUAAGACAGAGGUUGCAGGAUACUGUGGGCUUGUGUUUUCCCAUGAGAACUUACAGCAAGCAGUCAAAGCCUCUCUUUUCCAAUAAAAGAAAAAUCCAUCUCUCUGAAUUAAUGCUUGAGAAAUGCCCUUUUCCUGCUGGCUCAGAUUUAGCCCAAAAAUGGCAUUUGAUUAAACAGCAUACAGCUCCUGUGAGCCCACAUUCAACAUUUUUUGAUACAUUUGAUCCAUCUUUGGUUUCUACAGAAGAUGAAGAAGAUAGGCUUAGAGAGAGGAGGCGGCUUAGUAUUGAAGAAGGGGUUGAUCCCCCUCCCAAUGCACAAAUACAUACAUUUGAAGCUACUGCACAGGUUAAUCCAUUAUAUAAACUGGGACCAAAGUUAGCUCCUGGAAUGACUGAAAUAAGUGGGGACAGUUCUGCAAUUCCACAAGCUAAUUGUGACUCGGAAGAGGAUACAACCACCCUGUGUUUGCAGUCACGGAGGCAGAAGCAGCGUCAGAUAUCUGGAGACAGCCAUACCCAUGUUAGCAGACAGGGAGCUUGGAAAGUCCACACACAGAUUGAUUACAUACACUGCCUCGUGCCUGAUUUGCUUCAAAUUACAGGGAAUCCCUGUUACUGGGGAGUAAUGGACCGUUAUGAAGCAGAAGCCCUUCUCGAAGGGAAACCUGAAGGCACGUUUUUGCUCAGGGACUCUGCGCAAGAGGACUACCUCUUCUCUGUGAGCUUCCGCCGCUACAACAGAUCCCUGCAUGCCCGAAUUGAGCAGUGGAAUCACAACUUUAGUUUCGACGCCCAUGACCCGUGUGUAUUUCACUCCUCCACUGUAACGGGACUUUUAGAACAUUAUAAAGAUCCCAGUUCGUGCAUGUUUUUUGAACCAUUGCUUACUAUAUCACUAAAUAGGACUUUCCCUUUUAGCCUGCAGUAUAUCUGUCGCGCGGUAAUCUGCAGGUGCACUACGUAUGAUGGAAUUGAUGGGCUCCCUCUACCCUCAAUGUUACAGGAUUUUUUAAAAGAGUAUCAUUAUAAACAAAAAGUUAGAGUUCGCUGGUUGGAACGAGAACCAGUCAAGGCAAAGUAAACUCUCCGGUCCCCAAAGGGUGUUAACUAGGUCCGCUUUCAUGUGCAUCAGACAGUACACCUAUAGCAAGCACACGUAGCAGUGUUAGGCUUUUUCAUACAGUAUGUAAGCUUAGUGUUAGUAUCUGUCAGAUGCUACCUGCUGUUACUUAUUCAGAUAAACAUGGUGCCUAUUGGAACAAUAGAGGAUAGAGCUACAGGUGUUCAGUAAGACUACAAAAACAUUUUGCCUAUUUCGCUAACAGUUUGGUUUUUAAUGGCUGUAGUAUUUGAGUGAGGCAACUCUGGGGCAUUUGUUAUGAAGAAUUCUAUUUCUUACUGAAGAACAAAUUAUUAAUAUUGGAUGAGUAUUUCAACAGUGUGACUAAUGUUUGAAAUUAUUUUUUCUAAGAGUUUUUCUAUAACCUUCCAAAAGUCGUGAUGUUUGUAGUUACUAUAAAUCAAGCUUUGGAAGUCCAAAAAGAAUAAAAGACUGCCUUCCUUUUAGAAAAAAAUGCAAUUUUCUGGCCACAAGGGCAUAGUGCAGUUCACUUACGUGUUGAUGUAGUUUAUAAUCAGACGCCUUUUCUCUUCUGCAAAAGGUACUGUUAAGUAAACCAGAUUUUCUAAAUAGGCAUUCUUAAAAUUUCAGACUUACAAAGCUAGUAGUAGAAUUUUAUUGAAAGGCCUAGGUAUUAAUUUUUUAAAUGAGUGCUUUAACUUAAAACAGGCGUUUGGAAUAGCUGCUGCAAUGUAGUCUUGCGUGUGAUUUUUUUUUAAGUUGAUGUGCAGUCUAAUUGUUGUUUCAUAAAAGUUGGAUCUGUUCCUAUGCCCAGGAUGAUUUUGUGAACCGUGAAGUACGUGAGACUAGAAGACGCCCAAACAAGUCAGAUAAUAGUAACUACAGUGGUUGCUGAUGUUGAAAUUAUUGUUGAACUAUAAUUAAUAAUUUGGAUGGCAGAAUUUAUCUCUUUUUUGUAAACUCUCAUAACUGAAUUGCUUAAGUAUAAUUUAUAGAAUUUCAGUGCAGUUAAUUCUUAAUGGAAAAUCUGAAACCUAAAUUGCAGAUUUAAAAGGUACUGUACAACCAUUAUAUCUGUAAAUAACUUAGCACCUUUUUGUCACUUAGAAUAAUAUGUACUACUACUUGAGUGAGCGCUUUUGGAAGUUAUAUCAAGUUCUAGUGUUUGCUUCUUAGUAACUGAACUGAAUUUACAGUUCUGUCCUAGACAUUUUGCACUAAAGUAGCCGAAUCCACUCUCGUGUCUUUUCGUUAAUGUGCUCUGUACCACUGGUGAGUGCUCCAUAGUUUCCUUACCUGCUGCUACAGAAUGUUAUUUUACAUCCCUAUGGCUAUUGCCAAGGCUACAAAAAAGGAAAGCUAUAUUUGUAUGCAACACUAACCUUUUGACUGCUAAUGUAUGUUUCUGCUUGCUGUGCCUUGUUAUGGCUGCUUUUUUUGUGCUAAUAAAGUAUGUUUGGUGUUCUCCUUGUAUAUCUGCUGUUUUAUACAUUUGCAACAAUUUCUCUUGUAAAUGCAAUGGUUUGGGGUUUUUAAAUAAGCAUUAACUAACAACCUUUCUAUAGUUAAUGCAGAGUUACUGAACAGUCUAAUAUUGACUUAUCAGAAUAAGCUAACUCUAAAUUUAAUGCUCUACAUCUUAUCAGUCAUAAUUAUAUAUACUGUGGAACAGUAUCUGUAGUUACUGCAAAUUACUGUACAGUUUAGGUUAUAACAGAAAACUGACAGAGAAGUAAUAAACCUAUUGAUUUCUCUGCUUAUAAAUGAAAGAUUGAAACUAUCCAAUGACAUAUUAUAGUAAAUGAGUAUCUGUAACCUCCCACUGCAUCAGAAGCAGGUUAAAUGAAGUCUUGUGAAUUUGUAAUAGAUCAGUACCAUUUAUUGGUUUGGGGACCAUCUUAAUUAAAAAUAAAUGCCGAAAAUGUAGAACUUUAACCAAAGACUUGUCCCUUUUAAAGCAAAAUGGGGAUUGAAGGGACUUAUAAUUUCUGUUGUUUCUAAUUAAAGUCCCUGAAGAUCAUAUACCAAAGUGUUUGAGAACUUCAUCCAAACCUACUUUAAAGCAUUAUGUGCAAUUAAGUUGUUAUGACACAAUUAUAUUGCAUAAUUGUUGGGUCUUUUUUCUUGAGCUUAUAAUGUACCUGGAAAAUAAACCUCUUGAGAAAAAAAAAGUUAAUACUGAUUAUUGGAAAAGGACUAUAUAUGUGAGCAAGAUUGUGUUUUAGAGAGGAAACUUGAAACUCCAAGAAAGCACUUGAUGUUUUUUUAUGCUUGUAGCAAAUUGAUGUUCUAACUGUAGUUUUAUAGAAAGUAUUAAUGCUUUUAUGUAUUUCAAAACUUUCAUAUGUUAAAUGGAAAUUGUUUUAAAUGUGUUUGAGUUUAUGUAAGCAUGUAUACACUGUGCUAAAAGUCACUUAUGUUUCAGUUUGUGUAUAAUAUUAAUAUGCAAUUUUUGGUUUAAAUUUUUGUCUUAAAAUAUUAGUGGCUUACAUUUUAAAAAAGAAAAAUCACCAGCAUGAACUUGCA